GCCCUAAUAGACAGCAGGUGGCGGUUCGCGUGAGCACCGAGCCCGCCGUUUCCCGCUAGUUUUUUAAAGAUAAUUACGACUGGAAGAGAAAAUGGAAAAGCAGAAGCCCUUUAAAUUGUUUGUACCACCGAGAUUAAGUAGCAGUCAAGUAUCUGCAGUGAAACCUCAGACUUUGGGUGGAGAUUCUGAUUUCUUCAAGGGUUUCAACAAAUGUGUUGAAGAUGAUUUUGGUUUUCCAUUUGCAAUGACUAAUUUCUCCAAAAAUGGGAAAAACAUUGAUUCAGAUCCUGCUUUACAAAAAGUUGACUUUUUGCCCAUGCUUGAACAGGUUGAUAAUUCUGACAGUUGUCAUUACCAGGAGGGACUAAAAGACUCUGAUUUUGAGAAUUCAGAACCAAUGAGCAGACUAUAUUCAAAACUGUAUAAGGAGACUGACAAGAUCAAGAAGUGGAAAGUGAGUGUAGAAUCUGAACUGAAGCAGAAAGAAAACAAGUUGCAAGAAAAUAGAAAAAUAAUUGAAGCACAGCGGAAAGCCAUUCAAGAACUACAGUUUGAAAAUGAAAAAGUAAGUUUGAAAUUAGAAGAAGGAAUUCAAGAAAAUAAAGAUUUAAUAAAAGAGAAUAAUGCUACAAGGCAUUUAUGUAAUCUACUCAAAGAAACUUGUGCCAGAUCUGCUGAAAAGACAAAGAAAUAUGAAUAUGAGCGGGAAGAAACUAGGCAAGUUUAUGUGGACCUAAAUAGUAACAUUGAGAAAAUGAUAAUAGCUUUUGAGGAACUUCGUGUGCAAGCUGAGAAUUCCAGACUGGAAAUCCAUUUUAAGGUAAAGGAAGAUUAUGAAAAAAUCCAACAUCUUGAUGAACAAUACAAGAAGGAAGUAAAUAACAAGGAAAAGCAGGUAUCACUGCUAUUGAUCCAAAGUACUGAGAAAGAAAAUAAAAUGAAAGAGUUAACAUUUCUGCUAGAGGAGUCCAGAGAUAAAGUUAAUCAAUUAGAGGAAAAGACAAAAUUACAGAAUGAAAGCUUAAAAGAAUCAAAUGAGAAGAAGGAUCAUUUGACAUCAGAACUAGAAGAUAUUAAAAUGUCUUUGCAAAGAAGUGUGAGUACUCAAAAGGCUUUAGAGGAAGAUUUACAAAUAGCAACAAAAAAAAUAUAUCAGCUCACUAGAGAAAAAGAAGCGCAAAUGGAAGAAUUUAAUGAAGCUAAAGCUGCCCAUUCAUUUGUGGUUACUGAACUUAAAACUACUACCUGCAACUUGAAAGAAUUAUUGACAACAGAACAGCAAAGGUUGGAAAGAAGUGAAGAUCAAUUGAAAGUACUUACCAUCGAGCUUCAGAAGAAAUCAAGUGAUCUGGAAGAGAUGACUAAGCUUAAAAAUAACAAAGAAGUAGAACUUGAAGAAUUGAAAAAAAUCUUGGCAGAAAACCAAAAGCUUUUAGAUGAGAAGAAACAAUUUGAGAAGAUUGCUGAAGAAUUAAAAGGAGCAGAACAAGAACUAACAGGGCUUCUCAAAACCAGAGAGAAAAAAGUACAUGAUUUGGAAAUACAGUUAACUGCCAUUGCAACAAGUGAACAGCAUUAUUCAAAACAGGUUAAAGAGCUGAAAACUGAGCUUGAAAAUGAGAAGCUUAAGAAUACUGAACUAACUGCAAGCUGCAAAAGGCUUUCACUGGAAAACAAAGACCUAGCACAAGAAACAAGGGAUAUGGCCCUAGAAUUAAAGAAACAGCAAGAAGAUAUUAAUAACAGCAAAAAGGAAGAAGAAAGGAUGUUGAAACAAAUAGAAAAUCUGGAAGAGACAGAAACACAAUUGAGGAAUGAACUGGAAUCUGUGAAAGAAGAACUAAAACAGAAAGGAGAUGAAGUUAAAUAUAAAUUGGACAAGAGUGAAGAAAAGGCUCGAAGCAUUGAAUGUGAAGUCGUAAAAAAAGAUAAACAAAUGAAGAUAUUAGAAAACAAGUGUAACAAUUUAAGGAAACAAGUUGAAAAUAAAAGCAAGGUUAUUGAAGAACUCCAGCAGGAGAAUAAGGCCUUAAAAAAAAAAAGUACAGCAGAAAGCAAGCAACUGAAUGUUUAUGAGAUAAAGGUCAAUAAAUUAGAAUUAGAACUAGAAGGUGCCAAACAAAAAUUUAAAGAAAUGACUGACAGCUAUCAGAAAGAAAUUGAGGACAAAAAGCUAUUAGAAGAAAAUCUUUUGGGAGAGGUUGAGAAAGCAAAAGUAAUAGCUGAUGAAGCAGUAAAAUUACAGAAAGAAAUUGAUAUACGAUGUCAACAUAAAAUAGCUGAAAUGGUAGCACUUAUGGAAAAGCAUAAGCACCAAUAUGAUAAAAUUGUUGAAGAAAGAGACUCAGAAUUAGGACUUUAUAAGAGCAAAGAACAAGAACAGUCAUCAUUGAAAGCAUCUUUGGAGACUGAACUAUCCAAUCUCAAAAAUGAACUUUGUUCUGCUAAGAAACAACUUGAAAUAGAAAGAGAAGAAAAAGCAAACCUCAAAAGAGAGGCAAAAGAAAACACAGUUACUCUCAAAGAAAAAAAAGACAAGAAAACACGGACAUCUUUAUUGGAAACACCUGAAACUAGUUGUUGGAAACUUGAUUCUAAAGCAGCUCCUUCACAAAAUAAAUCUGGAAACUUCCCAUCAGCUGAUCACGGCAAAUCAAAAGAUAAAAGAGACUGUCUGUGGACAUCUGCCAAAAAUACUUUAUCUACACCAUUACCAAAGGCAUAUACUGUGAAGACACCAACGAAACUAAAAAUUCAGCAAAGAGAAAACAAGAAUGUACCCACUGAAGAAAGUAGUAAAAAGAGAAAAAUGGUCUUCGAUUUUGAUAUUAAUUCAGAUAGUUCAGAAACUACUGAUCUUUUGAGCAUGGUUUCAGAGGAAGAGACAUUGAAAAAACUAUACAAGAAGAAGAAUCCACCAAUUUCUCAAUUUUGUGUCAGAACACCAAAAAAGACUCCUUCAUCUCUAACAACCACUGGAUGUACGCGGAAUCUUGGAGCUAUGAGGAAAAUGCAGGAGGACCCUUGGGCUAUAAUUGCUAAAAUGGAUAGGAAACAAAAACUAAAGGAAGCAGGAAAGCUAUUUGUUUAAUUUCAGAAAAUCAGUGUGAUUAAGGAGCCUAAAUAACAGCAAAUUUAUAGUUAAUUUUUUUAUUCUUAUUUUCUACAGAGCCAAACAUUUUCUGAAAUUGAGACUUUUUUGAUAUUUUCAUAAAUAAUUUGUUUCUUUAUAUUUUAAUAUUUUGGCCUAAAUGGGAGAUA